AUGUCGGGUUGGUUCGGGGGGAAGACGGACGCCAAGGCCGACGAGGCCGCCAAGACGGGGCCGUCCGUCCAGGACCGCGCCAUCGAGGCCAAAGACCAGACCAUCAGCUUCAUCGGCGAGAAAAGCGAGGCCGUCACCAAGGCGGCCUCUGACACCGCCGAGGCGGCCAUGAAGAUGGGCGGCGACGCCAUGGGGAAGGCCUCCGAGACGGGGCAGGCCAUCACGGACCGCGCCAUCGAGAGCAAGGACCAGACGUUCGGCUUCUUCGGCGAGAAGACCGAGGCCGCCAAGAAGAUGGCCGCCGACACCGGCGACGCCGCCAAGCAGAAGUCCGCCGAGGCCGCGAAGUGCGUCGAGGAGACCGCGGCGAAGUUCACCGGGGAACCCGUCGCCCCCAAGGAGCCCACCGGCAACAUGUUCCAGCAGGCCGGCGGGCAGGUGAUGGGUGCCGCUACGGGCGCCAAGGACGCCGUCAUGAACACGCUCGGGAUGGGAGGAGACAAAGCCGACGCCGGCACCGCCAAAUGA